AUGGACUCCAGAACCUGGAUAUCAGACAACCUCUUAAGGCUGUCUGGUGCCUCGGAUUCUACCAUCGUAGACUUCAUAGCCGCGACCGCCAGCUCCACAAAGUCUUCUUCACAGCUACACGACAAGCUAUCAGGCUUCCUCGACGGUCCACCUGCCGACAUCCAGCGCUUCAGCGAAGAGCUUUUCCAGCGCGUGGGCAAGCGCUCAACCACGACGCCUUCCGAGAGCAAAACAGACAAGUCCAAGCAAAAUGGGUCACGGAAGAAGUACGCGCUGCUGGAUAUGGAGGAAGAUGCGGCCCUAGCGCCAGCGGUGCAACCGGAGCGCACAGAGAAGAGCGAGAAGAGGAAGAGUAGGCGGGAAAAGGAGGAUGGGCACAGCAAUGGGGACAGGAAGAGGGAGCGGAGCCAGGACGGUUACGACAGUCAUGACAGGCGCGAGCGCCGUUCGAAGAAGAUUCGUCGCAGGGAUGUCGACGACUCGCGGUGGGAAGACGAAGAGUACAUUGAGGAUGCUGAGGAAGAGCAGUUCCCAGAGCCUGCGUCCCCGAAGAGGGUGCGGCUCAACGACGGCUCCGCCUCACCAAGAUCGUCCGAAGAUGUCGAUACGGACCAAAAAGCGCGCAAAGCGUUCGAAGAACGACUCAAAGCGAAGGAUGACAAGGCCUCUAAGAAGAACAUCGCCGAGGCCCGCUCUUCUCGCGACGAGAAGCAUGAGAGAAUCGACGACAUCCGGCUUCGGUCACGGCAGGACUAUCUCAAGAAAAGAGAAGCCGAGAGGCUGGCUCUCUUGCGCAAGCAGGUGGCGGAUGAGGCCGACGAGGAGCGCAACAACUCUGAUCUUACUGAGGCGGAGAGGGCAGAAUUUGCGCGCAAUCGCGAAACACUCCGACUGGCAGAGGAGAGGCAAAGGGUGGACGAUCACAUAGAAGGCUAUGCGCUUCCGGAAGACUAUAUUACCGAGCAGGGCAAGAUCAACCGCAAGCGGAAAGAGGAGGCCCUGUACAAGCGCUACGUGGAGCGCGACGAGUAUGGCCGCGAGAAGUUUGUGACCGAGCAUGAGGAAUGGGAAAAAGAGCAGACGGCGAAAGCGAGAGCGCAGAUCUCGCGACCGGAAUUGGUAAACGAGGGCGACUACGACUAUGUAUUCGACGACCAGGCGCGAAUUCAGUUCAUAUCCGACGCUGCUCUACCAGGACAGCGCAAGGGCAUGACCAAGGAACAGCGCUUGUUUGAGCAACAGCUGUCAGCUGCGGAGCAGAAGGCAGCAAGUAUAGAGGAAACGAGAAGAAGCCUACCAAUGUACCAGUACAAGGAUCAGAUACUCGAAGCUGUCGCCCAAUUCCAAGUGCUCAUUAUUGUGGGCGAGACUGGCAGCGGCAAGACAACGCAGCUGCCUCAAUACUUGCACGAAGCAGGAUAUACGAAGGGCGGCCAGAAGAUCGGAUGCACACAACCUCGCCGAGUUGCAGCAAUGAGUGUCGCUGCGCGCGUCGCGGAAGAAAUGGGGGUCAAGUUAGGAAACGAAGUUGGGUAUUCCAUCCGCUUCGAGGAUCAGACAUCUGAGAAGACAAUCAUCAAGUACAUGACGGAUGGAAUGUUGCUACGAGAGUUCCUCACCGAGCCAGAGAUCAGCAACUACUCGGUUAUGAUCUUGGAUGAGGCUCACGAACGCAGCUUGAACACUGAUCUGCUCAUGGUUCUCCUGAAGGAGCUAACUCGGGCAAGGCCGGACCUAAAGUUACUGAUAUCUUCUGCUACCCUCGAUGCGCAGAAGUUUAGCAGGUACUUCGACGACGCCCCCAUAUUUAAUGUUCCUGGCCGUCGCUACGAUGUGGACAUCUACUACACCCCACAACCCGAAGCGAACUACCUCAACGCAGCCAUUACGACGAUUUUCCAGAUCCAUCUGUCGCAGCCGGACGGCGACAUCCUAGUGUUCCUUACAGGACAAGAGGAGAUAGAACUCGCAGAGCAGAAUCUACAGGACACGGCUCGAAAAUUGGGCAACAGGGUGAAGGAACUCAUCAUACGCCCGUUGUUCGCAUCGCUGGAUCAAGCGGAGCAAAACCGAGUUUUCGAGCCAACUCCUCCGAAUGCUCGCAAGGUCGUUCUUGCUACCAACAUCGCCGAGACCUCCAUUACCAUCGAUGGAAUCGUCUACGUUAUCGACUGCGGCCUCGUCAAGGAAAACGUGUACAACCCACGCACCGGUAUGGAAUCGCUGAUCGUCACCCCCUGCUCUCGCGCUGCUGCGAAUCAGCGCGCCGGUCGCGCCGGUCGAGUCAGGGCAGGCAAGGCGUUCCGUAUGUACACACGCCACGACUUCUACAAUGAUAUGGAUGAGAGCACCACUCCAGAAAUUCAACGGUCCAACCUCAACGGGGUGGUGCUACUUCUGAAAUCUCUAGGCAUCAACAAUCUCAUAGACUUUGACUUUAUGGACGCACCGCCAGCCGACACUCUAAUCCGUGCGCUAGAGAUGCUAUACGCACUUGGAGCGCUAAACGACCGCGGCGAGCUCACGAAGAUCGGGCGCCAGAUGGCCGAGUUCCCCGCAGAUCCCAUGCACGCAAAGGCUAUCCUGGCAGCCGAAAAGUACGGCUGCACCGAAGAAGUCCUAACCAUCAUCUCCAUGCUCGGCGAAUCCUCCGCGCUCUUCUUCCGGCCCAAAGACAAGAAGAUCCACGCCGACGCUGCGCGCAACCGCUUCACCCUGCAAGACGACAUGCUCACCCUGCUAAACAUCUACAACCAAGCUCUCGACACCGACUUCUCGGUGCAGUGGAUGCGCGAAAACUUCAUCCAGUCGCGCUCCCUGUCCCGCGCGCGCAACGUGAGAGAGCAGCUCCUCAAGCUCUGCGACAGGGUCGAAGUCACGCCCUCGUCCGUCGGCCAGAACGACUACGUCCCGGUCCAGAAGGCCAUCACGGCGGGCUUCUUCCCCAACGCGGCGAGGUUGCAACGCGGCGGGGACACGUACCGCACCGUGAGGAACGGGCUGACGGUGAAGCUGCAUCCGAGCUCGACGCUGAUGCAGACGAGGCCGAAGUGGGUCAUUUAUUCGGAGCUGGUGGCUACGAGCUCGGAGUUUCUGAGGAACUGUAUGGUCCUCGAGCCGGAGUUCUUGACGGAGGUGGCGCCGCAUUAUCAUAAGAGUAAGGAUUUGGACAUUGAUAAGAAGAUGCCGAAGGGGCAGGGCAUGGCAGGGGCAGGAAGUAAGCUGUGA